UCAACCAUAGUGAGAAACCGGACCGGUAGGUUCGUUGCCUUAUCUCCUCUGUUGGAUUCAAAUUUCAAAUCUGAGAAGCAAACAAACAAGCGGAGAAACUGCAGGGCGUUGCUGCUCUUCGUCCUCGACGCUUACAUUGGAAAGACUGCGAAUCCAGCGGACGAGGGAUAGGGCUUAUGGAGAUCGGGGCGGAGGCGCCGGAGGGGCUGGGGAGAUCCGAUAUCUUCCACGUCGUCAAGGAGAUCCUCGGGUUUGUUCUCUACAUCCACCACCAGAUCCCCUCGAUUCUGCAGCACAUUGAAAAUGAAUAUGAAGCUCUGAAGGAAGACUAUAAAACUUUGGAAGAGACAUGUCUUUCACCAAAUGCAACAAAGGCAUCUGAUAGGCGGAAACAUAACCUAAGGAAAAGAGAGAUUAAGCAAGGGAUAAGAAGGAUGGAAAAAGUGACGUGUAAAAUUUCUGCUUUACUUUCAGCACUUCAACUAGCUCUAGACGAAAUGCCCGACAUACAAGAAGUUAUUUUGGUUCUUGGAGGAAGUCUUAUAAGGCCUCAACAUGUGUAUCAGCUAGUAUUCAAUGGAGGAAAACUUGAUUUUGGUAGAGCUACUGAAUCCACCAAGAGUAAAGUUGCAGAUUUCAUUGCCAAAAAGUCUAUUAGAGCUUUAAUAUCAGCUGGUGUAGGAAGCUUUUCUUUAAUAGGCCCAUCUAAGCUGUUCUUGUUGGUCAGAAGUUACUCAACUUUCAGACUGCCGCUCCAUUUUUUGCCUAAGCGUGAUUUUAGAUUUAGCAGCAAGGUAGUACCGCUCAAAUUACAUAUAAAGUGCAACGUUCCAAUACCUCCCACUAGCAGUUCAGACAAUACAUCACUAGCUUCUAUCUCUACAUGUCCGAAUUCAAAUGAAAAUGAUGUGAUGUGGUUUCAGUGCAAACAUGCUAUCAAGGGAUUGGCAUGCAGGGUACCCUCAGAAUGCUAGAAGUUCAAUUUCUUUCAUAACAGACACAUCUGUAUUUUUUUUCUCUCCUCUUUCUUGUUGUCUCUAGAGCCUUGGAUGAACGGGCAUAAGAAUUCUCUGGCUUCACUGACCCCAUCUCUAUUCGUAGCUACAUGUUCAUUCUGGAUAAAAAUGAACUAUAAUUACUCAUAUUUUGUAAAUCGAAUAACAGAAUGAAUGAUUGAUGAGCCAAGGAACCAGGAUAGCAUUGUAGAUUGCA